AAUAAUGACAAACUCUUCUAAUUAUUUAUAUAUAUAGUUUUUAUUAAUUUCAAAAUAAAUUUUUAAAAAAGUAGCAUUGUGAUUUUUUCUAUACUAGUUCUGAAUACAUUGAAUUUUACAUUAAAGUCAAAUUUGUUUGCUCAACUUUGCCCAAAAUGAGAAAAUAGCCAAAAUAAUUAUAGCUAAACAAAAUGUUAAUAGAGAAGUUUUUGGUAGAAAUUUUUAAAAGCCACAAAAAGAUAUGCUACAUUAAAGAACAUUAUACCAGAAAGUCACUGAAAAAAAAUACGAAUAAAGACAAUUUUUUAAUCCUACGUUUCAAUUUCGCAGUUACAAUAUACUGUGUAAAGUUGACUAAAAUAAAGAAGUCUGAUUAUAAUGGAAUAUAAAGAAUAUGUAAUGAUGAAUGAUUGAAGAAUUAUUCCUUAAUAUUUAUGAAGAAUCUUCAAAAAUAAGUUUAUCAGAAUUAGAAUCAAAGUGAAACUUAGAAUUUUUGUAAAAAAUAUUUAUAUAAACAAUUAUAAAAUUAUAUUUUUUAAUUAAUAUAAAAAAGACUCACUAAUUUUUCCAACAUUAUGGGUUGCGAACUCAAAAUAUCAGGACUGGAAAGAAAAGAGCUGAGGACAGCCGACGAUCAUCUAAUUCCAAAAAUAUGCUUAAGUUGAGAUGAGUAAUUUUCAUCAAGUUGGGCAGCACCGGAGAAGAGGUGCACAUCCAUCCAGAGCGAGUCACAAGCGCGAAUGCUUAACCUGAAAUCGCCAUCGGUCUAUCACGCAGCAGUAGCCAUUGUGAUAGGGCUCUAAAAUAUUAAAGUUAGAGUUAUAGAAUCAAUAUUAGAUCUGUAGUAACAUUAAGAAUCAAAAUGUCGGGUAAAUGUUACAUCUGAUUACUUCAUAUACAUGCAAACUAUAAAAAUGCCGGUCCAAAAAGAUACAAAUAUUGUAAAAAUCGCUGUUCAAAUGACAGAACAAGUACCACAACUCAUUGAAUUUAAUCAAAAACAUCCACUUACUGCAAUUAUUCAGGAAUUGUGCAAUGGGUGGGGUCUUUCUGAUCCUGAAUCAUAUUCAUUACAAUUUUCAGAAAGUAACAAUCAAAAUUAUAUCACAGAAAAGAAUCGUAAUGAAGUAAAAAAUGGUAGCAUUUUAAGAUUAGAAUUUUCUCCUUCAAAAACAGCCUCUGACAUUUUAACAAAGCUUAACAAUGGGACUAUGGAAGAAAAAACUGCUUCUUUGCAAAAAUUGAGUACUCUUAGCACAGAUAUGACAUUUGCAUUAGAAUUCAUUAAUAAACAAGGAUUAGCUUUAAUUAUCUCACAGGUGGAAGGUGAAAAAUAUAAAGGAAAUGCACUUGCAUAUUCACUUCAAUCAUUUGUAGAACUAAUGGAUCACGGAAUUGUUUCUUGGGAUAUCUUAGAAACACCUUUUAUUAAUAAAGUAGCAAGUUAUGUGAAUAAUCAAGCUGUAAUUCAAGAUACUAAUAUUAUUGAAGCUUCACUUAGUAUUCUUGAAAAUAUAGUAUUGAAUUCUUCUGGAAAAUAUGGACAGGUCGAAAAAGAAGUUACAUUUCCUAAUUUAGUGAUGCAUUUACAAAGUGUACGUCCACAAAUACAACAAAAUGCAAUAGCUCUAAUAAAUGCCUUAUUUCUUAAGGCUGAUUUGUCUAAACGUAGAGCUGUUGCUGCUACUCUUCAAUCUAAGCAAGUUAGAAAUGUAUUUUUGACAAAUAUCAUACAAUCUACUGGUCAGGUUGGUGCAGAAAUGGCACAUCAAUUAUAUGUAUUACAAACACUUAUGUUAAGUUUGUGGGAACAGCGUAUGAUGACAAAAAUGGAUCCACAAGAUCAAGAUGCGCAUGAUAAGAUUAAAGAACUCCGAAGAAUUGCUUUUGAUACUGAAGGAGCUGUAGGUGGAGAUAUUACUGCUAGAAAACAAGGUCUUUUUGCUAAAGAUUACAAAAAAUUAGGUUUCAAAUAUGAUAUUAAUCCUGCUCUUGAUUUUACUGAAACUCCACCUGGCAUGCUUGCCUUAGAUUGUAUGGUUUAUUUUGCACGUAACCAUAUUGAAGCUUAUACUAAAGUUGUUUUAGAGAACUCUUGUAGAGCUGAUGAACAUGAGUGUCCUUUUGGUAGAACAAGCGUGGAGCUAGUCAAAUUACUUUGUGAAGUUUUACGUAUUGGAGAAGCACCUAGUGAACAAGGACAAUCAUAUCAUCCUAUGUUUUUUACACAUGAUCAUCCAUUUGAAGAAUUCUAUUGUGUGUGCAUAGUCCUUUUAAAUAAGACUUGGAAAGAAAUGAGAGCCACUACUGAAGAUUUUGUAAAAGUGUUCUCUGUUGUAAGAGAGCAGAUCACUCGAGCACUUCAAUGUAAACCUACAGGAUUUGAUAAAUUCAAAAAUAAAUUACAACAAUUAACAUAUUCAACAAUUACUAAUUUAUGGCAACAAGAAAGGACUAGUAGAGAAGAAUGGGAAAGUCAUGCAAGGCCGAUAGUUGAACUCAGAGAACAAAUCACACCUGAAAUUUUAGAACUCAUUCAACAACAACGCUUAGGAUUUUUAGUAGAAGGCACCAGAUUUAUGAAAUAUAGUGCUAGAGGCCAGAGAAUCAAGGAUAAGUUCUGGUAUGUUCGACUUUCACCAAAUCACAAAGUAUUCCAUUAUGGUGACUGUGAUGAAAAAUCAGUACCAACAAUAGAUGAACUUCCUACAAAAUUAGCUGUUGUUGAAAUUCGUGCUUUACUGACUGGUAGAGAUUGUCCUCAUAUGAAGGAUUUGCAACGACGGAAAACUACUCAUCAGUUAGCAUUUUCUUUAAUUUUAGAUUCUGUAGAAGUUUCAAGUCUAGAUUUUGUUGCUCCCGAUGAACAAGUAUUUGAUUAUUGGACGGAUGGUAUUAAUGCUUUACUUGGCAAUAGAAUGACUAGUAAAGAGGCGGAAAAUGACUUGGAGACAUUAUUAUCCAUGGAUAUUAAAUUGAGACUUUUAGAUACAGAAGGAAUUGAUAUUCCUCAAGAUCCGCCUGCUAUACCCGAUCCUCCACCAAAUUAUGAUUUUUGUUAUGAGUUAAAAUAAUUUCGUCUUAUAUUCGAUAAUUGUUGUAACAAUUUAAUAUAAGAUAUAUAAUUAGAUAUAUUCGAUAAUUGUUGUAACAAUUUAAUAUAAGAUAUAUAAUUAGAUUAAAUUAAGAAAUAUUAAUUAAGUAAUAGAUUUUAUAAAAAAAAAUUAAGUAUUAUUCUAAGCUAAAAUUUUUAUACAAAUAAUUAAUUUUUAGCAUUUUUUUAUUAGUAUUUUUAAAUUAUAUAUACAUUUUUAAUUAUAUAAACUAAAACUGAUAUUUUAAUUAUAAAAAAACGCAGUAUAUUUUACCAAAGAUAUAUUUUACGUAUAUUCUUAAAAUCAUUUGUAUAUAUGAAUUAUAUUUACAUUUUUUAUCUAAUGAUUCUUAGAGGAAUCAGAGAUCUAAUGUUAUGUAUGAUUUCUCUAAUAAAUUUUUAAUUAAAUUAUAAAUUUUGUUUACAAUCAUAUUUAAUAGAUGUUUAAAAGAAUGUAAUAUUAUAUAGAAUAUUGAAGGUAUAAUAAAUGCAUAAAUAUAAAUUAAUAAAUUAUUUAUUGAAUCAUAUUUUUUAUUCAAUACCAUAAGUAAAAAGCUAUAGUAUUAAAAGCAAUAAUCAUUAAGAUUGUGUGCAGGUACAUAUGUUACUGUUGACAUAAUAUUAAUUGCUUAAUUAACAACAUUUUUACUUUCUUAGUGGUGCAGUAUUACCAAAAAAUAG